GUUUCCCCUUGAAUUAACAAAUACUUCCGCUUUCGGUUUGUCUGUAAGUUAAAAUGUCUAAACAAAUAGAAAACGUAGAGCCCCAUAAAUGUGCUAUACAGGACUUGUUGGAUAAACGUGGUGGAGGGGAUUUAGCACGGAAACAGUACGAUUUACUGGUGGAGAAAACGCAAAACCCUGUCACAAAAUCUCUCCCAGGAAAGUUCCAGAUGGGCCCACAAUCCAAGACAAGAGAAAAGUUUGAAGAGCUGUAUAGUUUUAUCCGAAAAAUACAAGGGGACAGCUGUGCGGAAAUGCAAGAAUUUGAUUCGUUGCUGACUUCCUACCAGAUAUGGCAGUCAGCGGAACAGAUUCAGCAAAAACCCUCAAAGUCUGGGGAGGGGUCAUUUAAGAGAAGGAAACGGCAAGGAAGCCAUAAAAGGCUGAGCAUGACCGUGAGGGAAUCCAAGGCGUGGCCUCCACCCCAUGACUGGCCCGUGAACAACUCUACCCAGCAGUCGGACGAAAUUCAAAAGUUGAAACACGAGAACGAGUUACUUAGUAUUAAAGUUGAUGAAAUGACCACAAGGUUGAGUAAAAUCGCCAGCGACAAGCUCACGGACGGAAAUCCCAAUUUUGCCAACCUGAGUGACAAGAACCGACCCACGAAAAUCGGGGAGAAGUUUGGUCAGAUGUACGACGACGAGUGGAGCGAGGCCUUCGAUGAAAUCAAGCGCACGUCCAAGAAAGAGGACGCGGAGGUGUACGAAAUACUACUGAACAUCGUUUUGGCUGGUCAAAAGUUCUGUCAAGAAGUGUCGGAGACCCAACUUACAUCCAUAGAGAGAGGAAUGAGUGAACCAAUGCUACGGCCGAUGUGGCUCAGUGGGGAGAAGGAAUACUCGGUCGAGGAGUUGGAAGCAAAUGCCAGUUUCACAGCCUCUCUAAAGAAGUCAGCUAAAGAAUUCCGGCGGGGGGCGGCCUUGGCAUCAGUACUUCCCCUAUGUACGAUAUUCAAAGAUGCUAAAUUCAAAGAUAUUUGCUCCUAUGACGUAUACAAGAUGGAGAGUUUGAGCCUGUACAUUGAUGCGUGCAUCGAGUGCCUGUGGCUGAUGUCUGUACAGGACCCACCCAUGCAUAUCACGUGCUUAAGGAAGGGAGACAACUACGAACCCGCCCAUUACGGUAUGUUUUUAACAAGGGGAAAGGCCGUGGAAUACACGGUGUGGCCCGCCGUGUUUCUGUAUAAGAACGGACCACUAGUCAGCAAAGGAUAUGUCAAACUCAAAUGACAGCAGUGACUCUUGUUGAUAUCAUUAAGUCGUUCUCUAUCGCAUGUUUUCUGAAAUUAUUCAAAUUGUUAUUUUUUUCUUCCAAAAUGCUUUUCUAUGUAUGAUUAUUUUAUUUACAUCUGUUAUGAAAUGCAGCUUUUCGUGAACGGGUAAGGGUAUAUAGCAAUUGGCGGUUUAUUAAUAUUUUGUUUUGGUCCUAUAUAUUACAUAUAUAACUUGCAUAAGUUAAAACCAAGUGCUGACGUCAUCAUGGUCUUCCAUAUUUUAGUCAAUUUCUUUAAUUUCUUUAAGUCUUUAAAAUCUAUUAAGACUUUAGUCCAUAAUUUGUGAAAUUGUGGUCAAAUUUGAGAUCAUCGUUUAGAAAUGAUCUCCACGCUGCAAUGUGCAUUUUUGUUUUUGUAUAUUAUAAAAUUAAUACUGGCUUUUUUAUUAUAAAAAAUGUUUGUGUACUAAGAUAAAUCUCUUACAACAUACCAUUAAAUCUACAUUUUUUUUUCA